UGGGGCCCCCGGGCAAUAGGGGAUCAUGGGGCCCCUGUGUCCUUGCCCAAACUCAAAAAAGCCUAUGAAAAAGGUACCAGGGGCAUCUCAUGGGGCCCCCUACUGACCCCGGGCCCUCGGGCAGUGCCCGAGUUUUCAAAUGGUUAGUCCGCCCCUGUGUUCCCUGAGUUCUUUCUUAUGAACAGAGAAGGAAGACAUGGUGCACAGGACAACAUUUUGCGUCUUUUAGAUUUUUAUUUUAAUGGUGGGAAACACCCAAGUUUUAUGGCAUGAUGUACCUGUCGGCCCUAUUCUUUUGUACUCUGAUAUGCGUUAUA